GCUGGGGAACCCCAGUGGUAAACUGGAACCCAAACGACGACAAGGAUCCUAUCGUGGAGCCACCGACGUCCAUCGAUCCCAAGAUCUGGAUGCCGAUUGCAGAUGAGUUGCAGCAGCGGCCAACCAUCAAGCGCUUGGCGGCCUGCCGGGUCGAGACGAGGAUCGCUUCUCGACGUGCGGAUGAGAAGCGAAAGCGUGGGAUCGAGGUGCCUGAGAUGACACGAAUCUUGCUCGGUCCCAAUCCAUCCCUGCCGAGGUUGGCUGCAGCAGAACAGCGGCAUGUUACAGAAGCCGACAAAGGCAGCAGUACCAGCCCGACGAAAAGAGGCAUUCGGAAGCACUGCGUGUGCACGUCGUCCUCCGGCUUUGUGCAUUACGCCGGCUGA